GAAAGGAACAGCAUGUCGUGUGAGAGAAUUCCUGGGCGUGGGAAGUGAGGGAGAAUCUUCUGAUAGAGGCCCUUUUAAAUUUAUGUGUUUAUGAUACAGGAAUGGAGAAGCUCUCUAUGGCCCCGGGAAAAUGGAAAUUUCCUUAAUAAUAAUGCUAGUUUCCCUGUUCUGUAAACUUACACCGGGCAGGAAUGAGUGCUGGGUGCUCUAGCUCUACCAACCUAUAAUCUCCUCUAAUUACAACCCCCCUGGGAGGUAACUAUAACUACUCCCAUUUCGCAGGGGCUUUGACCCUCCGAAGAUCAUCUGGGUUGGCCUCCAGCUCGGCUCGCCGUGAGCAACAGUCACUUAGCCAACAAGUAUUUAUUGAGUGCCUACUGUAUACCCGGUAGCGUAUUUAACUAGCCGUGGGAUUAUCAAGGUCUCCCUCCCGGUCCCGAUUGUCUCCGUCCCCGCCGGCCCGCGCCUCGCCCUGCCCCGUGUCUCCCGCGCACUUCCUGGGUCGCCUCGCCUCGCCUCGCCGCGGAGCCCGAGCCGCCGCUGCCCCGGCUCCAGCCCCCGCAGCCCGCGGCGCCCGCCCGAGGGAGCCCCGGCGCCCGGGGAAGGGACAAGCGGGCGAGCGCGCCCUCGCCCCAGCCCCGCGCCCCAGCCCUGCCCGGCGAGGAAGGACCGGGAAGAUGAACAACGGCGGCAAAGCCGAGAAGGAGAACACCCCGAGCGAGGCCAACCUUCAGGAGGAAGAGAUCGAUGCCAUCUUAUCACAGUAUUCCCAACACUCCUACCCAAAGGUAGUACUCCAGUACCAGGUCCGGACCCUAUUUGUCAGUGGUCUCCCUCUGGAUAUCAAACCUCGGGAACUCUACCUGCUUUUCAGACCAUUUAAGGGCUACGAGGGUUCUCUUAUAAAGCUCACAUCUAAGCAGCCCGUAGGUUUUGUCAGUUUUGACAGUCGUUCAGAAGCAGAAGCUGCAAAGAAUGCUUUGAAUGGCAUCCGCUUCGAUCCUGAAAUUCCGCAAACACUACGACUAGAGUUUGCUAAGGCAAACACGAAGAUGGCCAAGAACAAAUUAGUAGGGACUCCAAACCCCAGUACUCCUCUUCCCAACACUGUACCUCAGUUCAUUGCCAGAGAGCCAUACGAGCUCACAGUGCCUGCACUUUACCCCAGUAGCCCUGAAGUGUGGGCCCCGUACCCUCUGUACCCAGCGGAGUUAGCGCCUGCUCUACCUCCUCCUGCUUUCACCUAUCCCGCUUCACUGCAUGCCCAGGUUCCCAGCCCCUCACCUGCCGUGAGGCUGUGCCCCCGUCCCCUCCUUUACCACCUGUCCCAGGAAGGCAGCUCCAACUCUGCCCUUUGCUUAGUGAGCAAGUGGAUUCAGAUGCACAAAGCCAUAAGCCAUGGCGCAGAACUGGGAACCUUCAAUCAAGUGGACAAAGCAUCACUCAAUCCAUUUGUUUUGUCACUGGCCUUCCACUUUGGAAACCUAAUGAAAAAGAUGGGGCUACAGGUCCUCCUCAGCAGAAUGCGCUGGCUCCCUCCCUCCGAGGCUACUUCUCAGGGCUGGAAGUCCCGUCAGUUCUGCUGAAUACUACGUUCCAGGUGUGUGAUGGUGGCUGCAAUCUGUCUUGUGGGUAUUAAUGCAAUCUUCAGUGGUGGCUACUGUUCUCGAGCUGUUCUGCAAAACUGGAGCGUGCUGGGACUGAAAUAGCCACAUUCUGACCUUCUGUUCAGUCUGGGAACCUCUAUGGCCAUGUGGACGCAUUCUUUUCCCAUAUGCCAGGAAGCAGCUCCUGAAACGUCUGUGGCGAGAAAUACAUACACUGCCCGUGUGUCCACGGUGAGAACCCUGCUCCCAGGAGGGGUCUCUGGAGGGUCAGUUGGCUUGAAAACACCUUGCCCAGUUUUGGUCCCUUCAAGACUUUGCCACAGCCUCUAUCACACAUCUGUUUUUCUCGAAGAAAAAAUAUAAUAAAAAUGUUUUACUCUUUUACACUGUAUAAUUUUAAGAAAUAGUGUGUUAUUUGUGAACGCAUGGUCUGACAUUUCUGUACAGUUUGGAGAUAUUUUCAAACAAAACAUAAAAGAUGUCAACAAUAAACCAAGAGAGUGAGUAUUUUUAUACCAAACAUUUUAAGUAUGAGAGGAUGGAUGAUCUUACACUGGUUUGGAUCACAAUUUUUGUGCUUGACUUUUGAAUGCUUGUAAUUAAAAAUAUCUAUUUUUUCUCCUCCAA